AUGGAGUUUGAUUUUCCUUAUGUGGAGCUGCUAAGAAUCCUCUCCUAUCUGGUUGGCAUCAGUUUGCUACAGGCUGCCCAAGUGAACAAGGACUGGAAUGCAAUUGCAAGCAGUGACAUCCUGUGGAAGAAGCUGUGUGUGAAGAGAUGGCACUUCUGUGAGGACGUCACCCCGCAGCUCCUGGGCACAAAGACAUGGAAGCAGUUCUCUCAUUAUAAAAUAUGGCAAGAACACACUAAGCGCUGGGCAAAGCCAGAAGAUUUCACUUACAAGGAAAUUUAUAGGGAGAUAACAGGAUUUUGGGAAUAUGUAUGUUAUCUCUCCGAGCUUGGCUUAAUAAGAAACCGACAAGACAGAUCAGUUGUCUGUAUCAUAAAUUCUGAGGCCCAGAUUUACACCUGGGAUAUUCACAAGGUGAGUCUGGCCAAUGAGUAG